AUGGCAGAAUUCUUUCACCAUAUGGCUAAAACGAUUUAUGAUCCUAAUGGGUUAAACUUUGAAAAUAUGAGGAAAAUGGGUGGAGUUGAGUUUGAAGAGACGGUUGAUCCCACUAAUGCUGAACAAUGGCUUGAGCGCAUAGAGAGGGUGUUUGAGCUGUUGGAGUGUUCAGAUGUUGCCAAAUUCAAGCAUGCCAUCUCGCAACAAGGCAUGUCUAUCGCUGAGUAUCAACAAAAGUUUCUUAGACUCUCUCAUUAUGCUGAAGGCGUUAUUAACGAGGAAAAAGAUAAAUACAGGAGGUUUGAAGAUGGCCUAAAUGAUUUCAUCAGAAAAAAUGUAGCAAUCUUGCAAUAUGAGAACUUUUGUAAAUUAGUUUCUAUUGCUUUUACUUGGGAAAGACUUGAUAAGGAAGAAGCUAGUAGACAUGAGAAUAGAUUCCAGAAGUCUAGGUCAAAUUUUGGAGGUCCAUCUAAAAAGGGAAGGUUUGAUGAUUCUAAGGCUAGUAGUGUCAACAAGUUAGAUCAACAGAAGCAAAGAAGACUAGAUUUUUCUACAGAUUGUACUCUGAGUUAUAGCCAAGGCAAGACUCGUGUUCCCACUUGUGCAGAAUGUGGAAAGAAUCAUUAUGGUGCUUGCAGGAGAGCUUCUAGUGCAUGUUUUAAUUGUGGCAACUUUGAUCAUAAAGUGAAGGACUAUUCUAAUCCUAAAAAUGUUCCUCCCUUGUACACUGAGGGCUCAGUUCAGAAGUCUUCUAAUAAUCCUCCUCAAACCAAUAAAGGUGCAAGGCCUAAAAAUAACCAAGCAGCGGGGGCAAGUGAAGCAAAUCAAGCUAGCAGGUCCAGAGCUACUGCAUGA